CACAUGAUGCAGGUGGGGCUCAGCCUGCCCCGCUCCCCCGGGGGGGCGGCGGGUGGCUUCCCUGCGGCCGAGCCGGCUGAGGGCCACAACACGGGCCAUGGGCAAGAGAUGUUUGGCUCAUCCCCAGUCACUGUCGUGAUCACAUCCGAGGCUGACACCUGGGACAUCAAUACCUCCUCUUGUCUGGGCUGUGGACAGUUUGUGGAUUGGGACAGGAUGCCAGACCCGGAGCAACAGGCACAUAUCCCCCAAGACAUCCUUAGCAAGCCCCCAAAGGAGCUGAAGAAGCUGGCAAGAGAAGGCUACUGGGCAACGAGCCGCUCUCUCAGAGCUCAGGUCUACCACCAGCUUAUCCAGCAGGUCGCCUGCCGGCUUGUCACCCCAGAUGCUCUUGUCUACAGGGACAUCGCGAAUCGUCUCUUUGGAAAGCUGAGUGUGAGCUCCCACCCUUUGCCCGAGUUCCUAGAAGGAUGCUCCAUGCCCACGUACUGCCUCAACCUGGAAGGGGUCAUGGCCUUAAAGAAGAUCCUCAUCUGUGUUGGCAAUCUUUUCCCUGACAUAACCUACAGCCCAAUCCUCCCCUCUCUGGUGGCUCUGCUGCUGCACUACAGUGAAGAUGAAGCUCAGUGCUUCGGGAAUAUCUCUCGCCUCAUCGCCAGCAAUGCUCCCCACACCAGCUACAUUGACCAGUCCUUCCUGGCCCACCAGGCCUCCUGCAUGACUUUUGGGGAUCUGGCCAACAAGCACUGCCCAGCAGCUCACAAACUCAUAGCCAGCACCUCUGAGAACGUCUUUGAGGUCUAUUCUGAAUGGCUCUCAUGGCUCUUUCAUGACCUCCCCUUCAAUUACGCCAUCCGUGUCUUUGAUGUUUACCUGCUGGAGGGGCAGAAGGUCCUCUACCGCAUUGCUCUGGCCUUGCUGAAGCAGUACAGGCUCUCGGUGACCUCCGCUGAGCUGGAGGGGACUGACAUCAAGGCAGACCUGCAGGCUUUCGUGCAGAACAUUGCUGAGCACGUGACUGUCGACAAACUCCUAGAGAGAGCCUUUGGCAUCCGGCUGUUCUCCCGCAAGGAAAUCUGGCUUCUCCAGAUGGCCAACAGGAAGGCGUUAAUGGAGAGGGGCAUAAACAUGGUGCAAAGCAGGCAGUCCUUCCACCUGGCCGUCGACAUGCAGAACUUCAGCUCCACCAUUGUGACGGCUCAGGAGAUGCGCAUCAUCUGGUCCUGGAUCCCUGAGCGCUUCUCCCUCUUCCCCCCGCUGCUGCUCUUCUCCACCUCAGAAGAUGGGUGCAGCCUGCAGAGGUUUUACACAUGUUGUGAAGGCUACGAACCAACAGUGCUGCUCAUCAAAACAACAGAGGGGGAGGUGUGUGGGGCAUUUCUCUCCUCCGACUGGAGUGAAAGGAAAAAGAGUGGGGCAACAUCAGGCUUUUUUGGGACAGGGGAGUGCUUUGUGUUCACCGUGUGCCCCGAGACAGAAAGGUAUGAGUGGGUGUUCAUCAAGAAGCCAGAGCUGGCCAAAGCUGUGCCGCGCUCACGGCAGCGGUCGCCUUCCCCCGCUCCCGCAUCCCUCCUCAGCUCCUCCCCGGAGGGCUGCAGCACCAGCUCGAACCGUCUCACCGUGCCCACACCGCAGAGGAGAGGCCGUCUCUCCCCGUUUCUGGCCAUCAGGCAUUUUCUUCUGCCUUCCAAAACAGCCUCCAUGUUCAUGUCUGGGUCACGGGAAGGGAUCAUUAUCGGUGGGGGAGGAGGCCAAGCUCUGUCCCUCGACGCCAACCUGCUCUGGGGACGCACAGAGCACUGCGAGACCUUCGACAACCCUCCGCUCUGCCAGGAGAACUUCAAGGUGCAGCUCUUGGAAGUGUGGGGCUUUCAGAAUGCCUAG